CCCCUUUACUCUUCACACUUUAUCUGCACUCUCUUAUCUUUGGACUGCUUUUUGGCUGGGUCCUGUCUGUGAAGUCCUUCGUAGUGCUCCCACCGUUUAGAAUUCUCAUCCUUUGUUUCCAGAAGCCAAUGAAAGACAUUAGCUGAGAUUAAGCGACAGCUGACAAGGUUUCUCUGUGUAGCCUUGGCUGUCCUGGACUUUCUAGACCAGGCUGGCCUUGAACUCACAGAGAUCCCCCUGCCUCUGCCUUCCUGAGUGCUGGGACCACAGUGUGCGCAACCACGACCGGCUUCAAACAGUCAUCCUUGUCACUGCUUAGAUGAACUAGAGACGUCAUUGAUAUGCAAACCAGUUUUGCCAAGGUAAUGGAGAGCGCCCCUUCUGGGGGUGGACUGAACCGAACACACCUACAAUGCAGAAAUCUACAGGAGUUUUUAGGGGGCCUGGGCCCUGGGGUGCUGGACCGGUUGUACGGGCACCCUGCCACUUGUCUGGCUGUCUUCAGGGAGCUCCCUGCUCUGGCUAAGAACUGGGUGAUGAGAAUGCUGUUCCUGGAGCAGCCUCUGCCUCAGGCUGCGGUGGCCCUGUGGGUGAAGAAGGAGUUCAGCAAGGCCCAGGAGGAAAGCACAGGGCUGCUGAGUGGCCUCCGUAUCUGGCAUACCCAACUGCUCCCUGGUGGACUCCAGGGCCUCAUCCUCAACCCUGUCUUCCGCCAGAACCUCCGAAUUGCUCUUCUGGGUGGGGGCAAGGCCUGGUCUGAUGACACAAGUCAACUGGGACCAGACAAGCACGCCCGAGAUGUCCCCUCACUUGACAAGUAUGCUGAGGAGCGCUGGGAGGUGGUCUUGCACUUCAUGGUGGGCUCCCCCAGUGCAGCUGUCAGCCAGGACCUGGCUCAGCUGCUCAGUCAGGCUGGGCUUAUGAAGAGCACGGAGCCUGGAGAACCGCCCUGCAUCACUUCCGCUGGCUUCCAGUUCCUGCUCCUGGACACGUCCGCCCAGCUCUGGUACUUCAUGCUGCAGUAUCUGCAGACGGCCCAGAGCCGAGGCAUGGACCUGGUGGAGAUUCUCUCCUUCCUCUUCCAGCUCAGCUUCUCUACCCUUGGCAAGGACUACUCUGUAGAGGGCAUGAGUGACUCUUUGUUGAACUUCCUGCAACACCUGCGUGAGUUCGGGCUUGUUUUCCAGAGGAAGAGGAAGUCCCGGCGUUACUACCCCACACGCCUGGCCAUCAAUCUCUCAUCCGGCGUCUCCGGGGCUGGGGGCACUGUGCACCAGCCAGGCUUCAUCGUCGUAGAAACCAACUACCGACUGUAUGCCUAUACGGAGUCGGAGCUGCAGAUUGCGCUCAUCGCCCUUUUCUCUGAGAUGCUCUACCGAUUCCCCAACAUGGUGGUGGCCCAAGUGACCCGGGAGAGCGUGCAGCAGGCCAUCGCCAGCGGCAUCACAGCGCAGCAGAUAAUCCAUUUCCUAAGGACCAGGGCCCAUCCGGACAUGCUCAAACAGACUCCUGUGCUGCCCCCCACCAUAACAGACCAGAUUCGGCUGUGGGAGCUGGAGCGGGACAGACUUCGCUUCACUGAAGGCGUCCUGUAUAACCAGUUCCUGUCGCAAGUGGACUUUGAACUGCUGCUGGCCCACGCGCGGGAGCUGGGCGUCCUCGUGUUCGAGAACUCGGCCAAGCGGCUGAUGGUGGUGACGCCGGCGGGGCACAGCGACGUGAAGCGCUUCUGGAAGCGGCAGAAGCACAGCUCCUGAGCCGGCCCCGGGCGGGCGGGCGGCUUUCCGACUCAGGUGUAUUUGGUUUACAAACCGGGACGUUUCUUGUUUAAUAAAAGUAUGGAAAAAGC